UCUGCUACAUUCUUUGGGUGUAAUAUCAGAAUUUUUAACUUCCGUGCAGACCCCAAAUCCAAUCCCAGCGUACCUGGACUGGCCCCCAGCGCCGACUCCUUUCGGCAGGGAAGCGUCAGCAUGACCCUGGAGGGCGCCGACCUGUGGAAGUCCUUCCGCAGCGCGGGGACAGAAAUGAUUAUCACAAAACACGGCAGGAGGAUGUUCCCCCAUUGCAGCGUCAGCGUGACGGGCCUGCAGCCGUUUGCCAAGUACGUCAUCUUGAUGGACGUGAUUCCUGCAGACAGCUUCAAAUACAAGUGGAAAAAGGAGCAGUGGGAGGUGGCCGGCAAGGCGGAACUUCAGCCUCCGUACCGGUCCUACAUGCACCCCGACUCCCCCGCGCCAGGAGGUUACUGGAUGAAGCAGUCGCUGUCCUUCGUCAAGAUGAAGCUCACCAACAACACACUAGACCAGCACGGACACAUCAUCCUGCACUCCAUGCACCGCUACUACCCGAGGUUUCACGUCAUCCAGGCCGACAGCCCCUACACGGUCCGGUGGGGGCCCUUCCGGUCCUUCUCCUUCCCAGAGAUGACCUUCAUUGCAGUCACUGCCUACCAGAACCCAAAGGUGUCGUUCAAAUAG